GGAGCGCGGGCGCCACGGGGGGUUUAAAAGCCUCAGCUGAGAAGGAGCUGCCCACAGUGCCGAGGAGCUCCACACCGGGAAAAGUUUACCUCUAACUACAACACUCGACAAACAGGAGGCAGAAACUGCGGAGAUGGCAACUCAAGCACAGCAGCCGCCCCAUCUGCACCUGGCUGAGAUCACCGCCACGCAGUUUAUCGACAUCUGGAAACACUUUGACACAGACGGAAACGGUUACAUUGAGGGGAAGGAGCUGGAGAACUUCUUCAAAGAGCUGGAGACUGCGAGACGAGGGGCAGGCGUGGAUCCUACACAUACUGCAUUUAAAGAAAAGAUGAAGGAGUUCAUGGCCAACUUUGACAAGAAUUCUGAUGGGAAAAUUGAGAUGUCCGAGUUGGCUCAGCUUCUGCCAACAGAGGAAAACUUCCUGCUCUGUUUCAGAGAGUUUGUGGGAUCAAGCGCCGAGUUUAUGGCUGCCUGGCGGAGGUAUGACACUGACCGCAGUGGGUACAUUGAGUCGAAUGAGUUGAAGGGUUUCCUGUCAGACCUGCUGAAGAAGGCCAACAGAAACUAUGAUGAAAAGAAGCUCAAUGAGUACACACAGACAAUUCUCAGGAUGUUUGAUCUUAACGGUGAUGGUAAACUCGGCCUCUCUGAGAUGGCGAGGCUCUUGCCCGUCCAGGAGAACUUCCUGUUGAAGUUUGAAGGCAUCCAACUCACAGUUAAAGAAUUUGACUCUCUCUUCACCUUCUACGAUAAGGAUGGUAACGGCUACAUUGAUGAGCAGGAGCUGGAUGCUUUGCUGAAGGACCUCUGUGACAAGAACAAAAUGGACGUGGACCCCGUGGACUCAAAAGGACUAAUGGGGUACAAGAAGAGCAUCAUGGCUCUGUCUGACGGAGGGAAGCUGUACCGCACUGAGCUGGAGAUCGUCCUCUGCCGGGACUCCACGCUGUGAGCUCCCUGCCAUCAUCUCCCCACUUCCUCCUCCCUCCUACCUCCUGAUGUAACCUGGUGCAUGUGUGACCCUUAACCUCGCUACACCACUUAGAGUGAAAACAAGUGCUUGUGAGAGCACAAAGUGUACUGCUGGCCCUGCUAUUUUAGCUUUCUACCCCUCUGAGGUUUUUCUUUUUUUGAACUUAAAAUGCAGUUCCAUAGUGAGAUAGCCAUAGAAAUGACUACAGGAAAAUAUUGUGUAUUUAUUUGACUUCCUGUUUUUAAUAUGCAUUUUUUACAUUAUUCCCAUAUCUAUAUGUUUCUCUCCCAAUGAUUUUAAUAUACUUGUUUUA